UCAUCAUGACUGCAGUGCGUGUUCAAUAAUAAUAAUGAUAAUAUUAAUGCACACGACAUAUUGUCAUUGCCCUAAAACGUCAUUAUUCUAAUUGCAUGUGUAAUUAUUUAGGAUUUUUGUUCAGUUCUUUUUUUUUUACUGAUCAUUUUAAUAGAAAACUUGUGCAUAAGAGAAGACUAUGAAUUUAAGUGCUUCAGUGAGCUGUGCUAAAACAUCUUGAGCAGAGCAAAUGUAAGUAUGUUGUUUAAUCUAGGCAACCUGAGGUGAUAGUCAUCUUGGGACCGAGUAGAGAUUCAGAUUUACACAAUGUUGAUAAAAGGAUUCGUCUAGAACCCAUAUAUCGCCUACCUGAGGACAAUGACCAUGAGUGGCAGUAAUCACACUGUGCGAUCUGUGCCACUGGAUCUUACCAACAAAACCAGAGAGCGUGGGAGCUGCGCGCAGACGCGAGACCAAGGUCGCCCUAGACCUACUCCAGAAAGACAGGUGGAACCGGCGCACAAGUGCAGCAAUGGACACGGAAUUCUUCCAUCCGAACCACAGGACUGUUGUGAUGGAUCAGUUUCGCAGACUACUCAAACAGACGCUGUGGGUAUCAUUGGAAAUAGGACGCUUGAGGGUCCCAAGCAAACCCGAACUAUAACCCCUAACGCUGCAGGAAAACCGGCAGAUUCAUCCAUUUCCAAACUUCCGCCAAGGAAACGUCCUUUCCCGCUGGAUGUGGAUCAUGACCACAGUGGUCCAAGAAACGAUCCACCUAGCCCGGAUCCAAAAGUUUUGAAGAACCCCGAGGCUCAGAUAGACACAGUAUCACAGCGGAUAUUUUGUACAUUUGGACAUAAACCAAGCGUUAAUGACUCCCCGUUUGUGCCACACUUAACACCAUAUCCAGGUUGUCCAUAUUUCCAGUGGCCUCGGCAGCCUCCUGCACUGGAGAGCACAGAUCGGCUGCUGGCAGAUAUUGCUGAGGCAACACUUCAAGAUGAAGAUGGUGACACGCCUCUUCACAUUGCUGUUGUCAAAGAGAAUUACCAGUUGGUCAGCUGGCUUAUUGAAAUAUAUCGACGGGCCCACAAAGACAUGGACGUUUUCAAUAACUUAAGACAGACACCAUUGCACUUGGCUAUAAUAACCCGUCAGCCUAUUUUGGUGAAAGCUCUGCUGGAUGCAGGCGCUGACCCUGGAGCUUUGGACCGUAACGGACAGACUGCGCUGCACUUGUGCUGCGAGCGCGGAGAGGCCGAUUGCCUGUCUGUCAUCCUCAGACACUACCCCCAAAACCCCUCGCCCCAUCUGGAGAUCAGGAACUAUGAGGGUCUGACGCCUCUCCACCUGGCUGUGCAGAAUGGAGAUAAAAAGUUGGCAAAAAUCUUAUUGAAGAGUGGAGCUGAAAUCAAUGCUGGGGAUAAUAAGAGUGGUCGAAGUCCACUGGUUCAUGCUGUAGAAAACAACUUUACUGACAUGGUCAUCUUUCUGAUCGAGGUGCGUAGUGGGUGUGAUGUGAACGCACAGUCUUAUAGUGGGAAUACAGCAUUGCACAGUGCCUGUGGCAGAGGUCAUCUAGAGAUUGUCAGGGUCUUGCUGAAAAAUGGAGCCGACAGUAGUCUGAAAAACAACCAUAAUGACACUGCCAUCAUGGUCGCAAAAAACAAAAAAGUAUCUGAUGUGCUGCGUGGGAGAGGCACUCGCAGCUGCACUGUGAAAACUAGCAGUAAUGGCUCUCUGUCCCCUGGCAGCUCCAACAAUUCUCCCCGAAUGACUCCCACUUACUUCACUUUCUCCCCACAUUCUCCUGUGGUUCCAGUUUUACCCCGAAGUCAGUCAGCAGACAACAUUUCAGAACAUCAGUCACCGAUGAACAGCAAUGAAAAAACACUGCAAAUGUUGCCACGGACACACCAUAAUGUAGCAGUGGACAACAGGACAGGCUACGGAAUGGCACUCCAUCAUUUCCCAUAUCUGUUACCUUCUGGGUACGACCAAAUUAAGCCCACUGUCUCUUAUAUCCAGAGAAGGAUGCUAAUCGCAGAUUGCCCACUUUACUAUCCCACUGGUAUUCAAACACCUCCAUAUUACUCAGAUGCACAGAUCAUCUUACUCCCCAGUUUCCCAGUGCCGGUCACAUAUGGCACUCCUUCACAGGGUGCCGCUAACCAAUCACGGCCAUCCAGUCGCAGCAGUAACCAAUCAGACAUCUCUACUGUGAGCGUAAACAGUGAAGAAAGAAGUGUGAGUUGAUAGUUGCUAGAUGUUUAAGCAGCUGGUCAUUUUAAAGAGAUUGUUCACCCAAAAAUGAAAAUUCUAUAAUUA